CGUAAGCGAGACGGCCUCAAACCGAACUCAACCAUUUGAACGGUAAAAGGUGCGCGCAGCGAACAAACAGCACUGAAGAUAAAAUAAAAGAACAAAACAAAAAUAAAACGAGAACAGUGAACGCAAAGGCAAACACGCAAGGCGGCAAAACGGAAAAUACGAAAAACAGUCGAGUUUCUUUAUUUUUGUUUUGUGUUCUCCUUUCGGCAAAAGGUGAGGAAGAAAUAGAGAAAGAAAAUCGAACGAGAUCUAGCAUAAAGAAAAGGCAGAACAAAAAGUGAUCAAGAUGGCGUUCAUGAUGCCCGUUAUGAAGAACAACUAUGACAUCUACAAGGACACGCGCUCCCGCAAAACAUCGGAGUGUUCGAAUGCGAGUAGUAACGGUACCACGGCUUUGGCCACCGCUCUCGGAACGCCGUCGCAGCAGCAAUCGCAGUCGCAGCAACAGCAGCAGCAGCGUCGCCGCAAGGUGUCCGAAUGCAAAUCGGAAAGUUUUGCCACCUCACCAUCGCACGGCCAACUGGGCGGCUCCAACGCCCAUCGAAUGCAGAUGCAGCGCUGUCACAGCUCGCGCGCUUUUCCGCGCAACGCGUCGCGCAGCUCCCACGGCUCCAUGCAGCAAAUUGUGUCGCCCACGCGCUCCAGUCCGCCCAGCCGCUCGAACACAGCCUCCGCUCUCGAACGCCAAGCGGCCGCCCAAAGCCAACAGCAGCGGCAGCAGCAGCAGCAACAGCAGCAACAGGAGCAAUCCUCCAAUGAUUAUACGAAAUUCCAUUUGCGACUCGUCGAUAAGCUCCGCAAAUCCUUUCGCAAGGAUAGCGGCAAACGGUCAUGAGGGCAGCGCUAUCACAGCAGCAACAAUCAAAACAGCAACAACAACAAUUACGACAACAACAACCAUGCCAGUAGCAGCAGCGUCCUCCUCCACAGCAGCAGCAGCAGCAGCAACAACAACAACAACGAGUCGGGAGAGAGAAGAGAUGGCGCCGCUAGCUGUGCCAGAGAAGCAGCAGAGAGAUCAGCAGCAGCCGAGAGAUCAUCGUCCUGCGAAAAGGACGAGAGGCGACGAGAUGCGGCGAAAUUCCUGGGCGAAAAAGAGGCCGCCGCUAGCGGCUCUUUUGGAGAGCAGCAUGCCGGCAGAGGCAUGGUCAGUCGGCUGGGUCGACGCUUCCGGCGUUACUGCAAACUCCUGGCUCCCAACAGCAGCGCAGCAGCAACAGCAGCAGCAGCGGCUGAGGACGAAGCCGAUGGAGAGGCCUCGGCAGAGGGGGCCAGCUGCUCCAUGGAACAGCUCACCGGCAGCAGCAGUCGGCGUCGACGCAGCAGCAGCAUUGGCAGCGCCAGCAGCCGGCUGAAGAUGAGACUACGACGUUGCACCUCGUCGCCAGGAUAAAGCGGUGCGAGUGAGAUAGAGAUAAAGUGCAGCAGAGCUGGCUAAUUACUAACUAGGUCGCGAGAGAAGGAGAAAGAGAGAGAGAGAGAGGAGAGACUGGGAGAGCGCGUAAGCGAAGAGAAAGGAUAGUAAAGGAUAGUAAAGGAAAGUAAAGGAAAGGAAAGCAGGGGCGCAGCCAAGGGGAUAUGGGUAAUUACGAGGCGUGGAAACUUAAGUUAAGCCGCGUUACUUUUAAGUUGGCGUGACGAGUUGUUGUUAGUGGCAAUGAUUUCUUGAAUAUAAAAUACAUAUUAUAUAAUACAUAAAUUUCGGUGUACAUAUGCAAACUAUUUAAAUAUUAACCAUUAUGAAUACAAUUUAAAGUCUCCCUUGCCCAUUGUAUAAUUAUAUUAAUUAUAUUGUAUGUAUGCCACGGCUUCCAAACAUAGAACAUGUAGAACCAAAUGUCCCAAAACAAGAGCAUCCUUUUUUGUAAGUAAUUUUUUUUUCUAAAAUCAACCCGACAAAUUUGCAACUGCAACUGCCAAAUUGCAUUGUAUAACAAAGACCACAAAAAUAAAUAAAAAAUAAAUAAAAAAUAAAAACAAAAAAUACAAAACAAAACAAUUAAAGAAAUAAAAAAAAAAGAACCAAGGAAUUUAUAUCACUUAAUAUUGUGUUUAUUUAUACACCUGUAAUUAUAUAAUUACAAAAGCGCAAUUGACAAUAUACUUUUUAAGCAAUGCGAACAAAAAAAAAAUAAUAAUAAAAACAAGAAACAAAAGUAUAAAUAAUCAAAAAACUAACGAAGCAGCUGAAUACAGACUUGAUGUUAUAUCGUAAAAUAUAUAAUAUAUACAUAUACUAAAAAAUAUAUACAUAUACAAAACAAGUACCUAGACAGCUACUUUUAAGCAA